GCCCCGCCCAAUAUCCUUUUUACUUUUACCUCAACGAUCACGACUUUCGAUCAUCAAGCAAAAUCAAAUGACAGCGCGUUAAUAUUACUUCGCUCCCAAAUUCUGGUCUACAAUGGGCACUCUACGUUUUGCAGUAGCUUUGCAGCGUUUGGUCCCGUUUCUCGGCUACCACCAUAUUCUCAUGAUAGGGCAAGUCAUCGUUGUAGUAUUCAUAUCAAUAAUACUCGCCGGCUGCUCCAGUUAUUCGACCAUGACUAAUAUCUACAUUCUCGGCCUAUCGUACACGAAUUCAACGCCAUCAGGUCUUACCUCAGUCACAAGAAAUUUAUCCCAGACGCUAAAUGGAUUCAAAGGCUCAUCGCAGCUCGAAGUCCGAGUCGGAUACUUUGGGAUGUGUGUGCGCCAGCGCGGCAUUGUCUGGCUUUGUAGUUCCGAUGCAGACGGCCUGGCGCAGCAAAUUGGACCCGAGAACGAUCCGUUGAACCUCAUAGGUACAGCGUCGAAAUUCAAGGAUGAUGUGCUAUUCUCCGGACUGUUGUUCAUGGCCGUCGUCCUCGCAUUCAUCUGCAUAUUGCUCAUGGCUACCUUCCCCAACUGGCAUGCCGAGCGUGAUACAAGAACUGGUUCAGAUGUCGACGUUCAACCAUUUCCGUCCCGUCCCGUUUCGCAGGUCGCCAUGACGCAGGCCUUUGUCGCUGCAAUUCUGUUGCUCGUUGCCGGUCUUUGGCAGCAUAUAGGUUCUGUGGGUGCGGCAGCGAUGGCAGAAACUGCAAAUUAUGGCAACGUCAAAACUGAUAUAGGUACUAAUGCGAUGAUUAUGGCGUGGGCCGGGUUCACUAUCGAGGCGUGUGUGACGAUAGGACUACUAGUCAUGAUCUUAUCGAUUAUCGUUUUAGAUAGGCUCACGGAUGAAUAGGAGCUAGAAAGAUGUACAGGGAUAUGUAGGAUGCCAGCAAUGACAGGAAAAGCUAUCAAUAAGAGAGCGAAAGCAGAAGGCUGAUGCAAUUAGGCGAUGCCCUUUGGGACUUGUUGUCCUCACC